AUGCUGAAAAAAGACUUGAAGGAGCAAGCUUAUGAUGAAAUUGCUGAAUUUUUCUACACAAGUGGUCUUUCUUUCAAUGUGGUGAAAAAUCCUGCUUUUGCAAAGAUGUUGGAGACUGUUGGGAGAUAUGGAUGUGGUUUCAAACCACCUUCUUAUAAUGAUAUUAGAGAAAAGUUUUUGAAACGAGCUGUGGCUCGAACUGAUGAUAUAAGAGAUGAGUUUAAGGAGGAAUGGAAAAAAACUGGUUGCACAAUCAUGUUUGAUGGAUGGACGGAUAGGAAGAGGCGCUCAAUUUGCAACUUCAUGGUAAACAGUCCUAAAGAUAAGGUUUCAAAAAUGUUGGAAGAUGCUAUCAAUUAUGUUGGAGCAGAAAAUGUUGUUCAGAUUUUGAAUGUGCAUAAAGUCACUAUAAAGAAGGGAAGAAAUAUCACCACCUACAUAUAUUCCAGGACUAUGCUUAUUACUUUGUUGAGGAAAGAGACUUCUGGGAGGGACUUGAUUAGGCCUGGUGCGACUCGCUUUGCCAUAGCAUAUUUGACUCUAUCUUGUCUUAGAGAACUCGAAACACCAUUGAGGGCCAUGUUUGAUUCAGAUGAUUGGAGAUCAACUAAGUUUGCUACUUCAACAGAGGGGAAAAAUGUGCAAAGAAUAGUAAAGGAUUCUCAAUUUUGGAAGAACAUAGUGAUAUGUCUCAAGGCUGCUGGUCCUAUGAUAGAAUUCCUUCGCUUGGUGGAUUCAGAUGAAAAACCCGCCAUGGGUUUCAUAUAUGAUGCAAUUGAUACCGCUAAAGAGAAGAUAAGAACAAACUUCAAGGAUGUCAAUAAAAGGCCCUUACAUGCAGCUGGAUAUUAUCUUAAUCCCUACUUCCAUUGGGAUUCUAAUUUCAAAAAAGAAGAUGUUGAGGUCAAAGAAGGGUUAUACAGUUGCAUGAUAAAAAUGGUACCCAAUGCCAUGGAGAGGAAAAAGAUGCAUGCCCAACUUAUUGAGUUUCAUAAAAGAAAAGGCAUGUUUGGACUAGAAGAUGCACAAAGUGUUAGGAAGACUCUGACUCCAGCAGAAUGGUGGGAGUCUUAUGGAGAUCAUUGUCCCGAACUAAGGAAUUUUUCCAUUCGGGUGCAUACAAAGAAAAGGAAUAAAUUGCACCAAAAGAAGAUGAAUGAUUUGGUUUAUGUCAUGUACAACUUGAAGUUGAAGAAUAAACCAAAAAAGAGAAAUGUUUUUGCCUCUUGUUCUUUUGAGGAAGUUGCUUCAGAUGAUGAGUGGAUAACUGAGGAAGAAGAAGAUGUUAAUGUCAAUGAACUGAAUGAAGAAGUUGGACUUGAACAUCUUAAUGAUAAUGAUGUUAAUGUUGAUUUGGAUGAUGUUGGAGGAAGUAUUAGUUAUACUAAUGCAAGUGGAAUUAGACAAAACUUUUCAUCUAAUUCUGAUGAAGAUGAUGCCGAUGGCAAUGAUGAUGGAGGAGAAUCUGAAGAUGAUGAUGGUGAUGAUCAUGGAAUGGAAGAAUGA